CACCACGAACCCUGCUCGCCGCCGCGUCCAUCCAGCACCACCCCGCACGCCGCGGGCCCUCACUGCGCCAUGCGUCUCGUUGCGCAUGCCGCCGCGCUGCUGGCCGCGAGCGCCGGCCUGCUCGCGCACGCCGCACAGCAGCCGUUCCUUGCGCCGCACGCCGGUGAUGCCGAGCCCGCCACGCGCGUGCCGCUGCGCAUCGGCCUCAUGAGCAAGUGCCCCGACUUCUUCGCCUUUGCCUCGACGUUCUCGCGCGCAGUCGACGAGGCCGGCGUGUGGCGCCUUGUCGACGUCGACUACGCCUACAUCGCCGAGCGCGCGCGCGACGGCCCCGUGUGCAAGCACGGCGCCAGCGAGUGCGCCGGCAACGUGCAGGAGCUGUGCGUGGCGCACGUCUCGCGCGCGCUGCUCGGCGAGGAGCGCGGCCAGCGCGCCGCCUGGGACUUCAUCGACUGCCUCAACUACGAGGCCGGCCCGCGCAUCGGGCCCGAGGCCGACGCCGAGCGCUGCCUGCGCGCCACCAAGGGCGUGCACUGGGAGGACGACGGCGUCAAGGCAUGUGUGCGCGGCAGCAUGGGCCGCGAGCUGCUCCAGAAGAGCGCCGAGCGCGCCGUGGAGAGCGGCAUCAAGCUCUCUGCUACGCUGCAGAUCGAGGGCCACACCGUCUGCGUGCGCGACUCGGGCGUGUGGAAGGACUGCAGCAUCGGCAGCACGGCCAAGGACUGGGUGCGCGCCAUCGAGGCCGCAUGGCAGAAGCGCAACCCCGGCUCGCCGCUGCCGCGCCGCCUCGACGCGCCGUCCGAGCCGCUGCGGCAGCCGUCGCACGUGCUGCGCAAGCGCCAGUCGGUGCCGAGCGCCACCAACACUCUCGCCGGCGGCGGCACUGCUCAGCGCGCCACGCCGCUCUCCGUAUUUACCUUUGUCAUUGGUGAGCAUCCGUUGCCGAGGCCUGUGUGGCGCUUCCUGUCCCCGCACCUCGGCCAUGCCGCUCAUGUCCCGUGGUCCCGGCCAGCGGCUGUCGAUCGGGAACGCUGGUGGCAUGGGCGUGGUCCUGGCGGCGCCCUGCGGCGCCGCCAGUUCCCGGGCAGUUCCGGGACCGGCUUCACUGGACCGACCCUGCCCAUGCCUUUCCUCGUCUUUGGCAUCGCAGCUAUUGCGCUCUUCGUUCUCGUCGUCGCCUUCGUGCUGCUGCGCAUCUUCGUGCGCAACCGCAGACUGCGCCGCAUGGGGCUGCUGCCCGAGGGCGGCCCGAUGGACCGCUACUUUGGCGGCGGCCAUGCUGCGCAGGAGGACACGCUCGUGCCGCCGAAGCUGUGGGAGGCCAAGAUCGUCGACGUGCGCGCCGUGGGCACGAAGCAGGCUGAGCGCAGUGCCAUCGGCGGCGGCAUUGGCGCCGGAGAUGUCAAGACGCACGGCUGGGACGCGCUGAUGCCCGUCUCGGCCGCGCUCCCUCCGGCGCUCUACCCCAUCAUCGUCGACAAGCCGGGCGACAAGGACAAGGCUGCCGCCACGACUUUUGCUCCGCCCUCGUACCCUCCGCCUGCGAACGGCGCAGACGCAGCGCCACGCCGACCAGGCUUGACGCACCGCCUUCCUGGCCUGUUCCGGCGCCACACGGGCGAGGACACCGAGGCUGCUGCGCAACAGAACGCCGCCGCGUCUGGUAGCGCCGCUGCUCCCGCGACUGCCGAGGAGACCGCGCGCUCGUCCACCGAGCGUCUACCUGUCAGCGUCAACGUGACGGUGCUCAUCGCGAUGCCGUCGCCGCGCACCGUCUUCCCUUCGCGCCGCUCAGCCACGCGCACAACGGCCACAACUUCUGCGCUGCGCUCCGCCGGCUCGCAGACGAACUUCGCAGCGGGUCAUCCGCUCGCAGAGAUGGACGAGACGGGCGAGCUUGACGGCGGAAAGGGCAAGAGACGCGCUCCCGGGCGGCCAGCGUCCAUCCGCUCGUUCGCCAGUCACAAGAGCGUCGCAGAGGCCCGGCGCGAGGCUUACUUCGGCGAGGUCGAGCCGAGCACAGUCCAGGCCGUCGAAGCCGGCGUGGAGGAUGUGCGCGGCGACCAGGCGGAGGAGGAAGAGGAGGAGCUGCCCGAGCUCGUCUUUGGCACGGCAUCUGUGCCGCUCUACACGCGCGACGCCUCGCUCGCGCGCUCCAACAGCCUCGCUCGGCGAGGCGUCCACAGCGGCGCCUACCUGCCCACGCCUGCCUCGGAGCUGGUGCACCCGCACCGCCGCGAGCUGGCGGAGCUGCUGCGCUCGGCUACCGAGGCACACAAGCGCAAGGACCGGCCCGAGCCGCCGAAGCGCGAGUCGACGCUCACGACGAAGGGCACGGAGGGCGCUGCGCUGGCGGGUGCCUCGAACCCGGUGCGCGUUUCUACUGCCGACACGUCUAUGGACGCCAGCCGAGUCGGCGACGACACGGGCGAUGUCUCGCGCGCUGCGCCGCUCGACGACGUUGUCACGCGCAUGAUGCGCAGUGAUGCCGGCGAGCCCGCUACGCGGCCAAGCAUGGCCCAAUCUACGCGCUCCGGCCUCGACUCGAGCCUCGACAUGUCGCGCGGCGGCCCGGACACGUCGCUGUCUGGCAUCGGGCUGCUCAACGAGGAACAGCAGCGGCAGAUGUACCUCGCCGACGCCGACGCCGAUGCCGCGCGCCUGCGCCAGCCGCACCCGCUCGCCGAGAGCACCACGGCCGCGUCGCUCGCGGCGCCCGGCAGCCAGUCGCUGUCGCGCAGCUCGACGAACACGUGGCACACGGGUGCCUCGGCCGUGCGCCCGGAUGAGGAGGACGCUGCGGCGCGCGACGAGGCCGAGGCUGCCGAUGCGGCACGACGACUGCACGCUGCGCUGCCCGCAUGACGGUGACCUUGCUGCGCCCUGCCUCCCUGCUCCGCUUCUUAUGAUACACCCUCGUUACCACUGCCUGUGCUCUCUGCGACUCCCUCGUGAUGUGCCUCCUCAAUAUCACGUCUGCAUCG